GUCGUACAGUAGAGGCGCAGCCGCAGUGGGCUGGCAGGCACUUGGAGAGGAAAUUCGCGAGCAGUUGUAGUCUCCGUGUCGGUUAUUGCUGGAUACAAAUACUGUAUACAGUGCGUUACAUUUAAUAUAAAGGAAGGGGCAAAAAAAAAUGGCGACGCCGGGAUCGGAUUCCCAGCCCCAUUCCCAGCUCGCUUCUGGUUUGGCUCAAGGUAAUGUCAGUGGUGUGGGGUAUCACAACAUGCCGCUCAAUCGGGGUCUGGAAAGGACUUUGGAGGAGGCGGCGAACUCCGGGGUGUUGAACCUCAGCGGCAGAAAACUGAAAGAGUUCCCCAGGAGCGCUCUGAACCACGAUCUGUCCGACACGGUGCAGGCAGACCUGUCCAGGAACCGUCUGACUGAAAUCCCCUCGGAGGUGUGCCAGUUUGUCUCUUUGGAGACUUUGAACCUCUAUCAAAACUGUAUUAAAGUCAUUCCAGAGACUGUCAUCAGUUUGCAGAUGCUGACCUAUUUAAACUUGAGUCGGAAUCAGCUCUCUGCCCUGCCUGUGUGCCUGUGCGGUCUUCCUCUCCGCGUUCUAAUAGCAAGCAACAAUAAGCUGGGGUCCCUGCCGGAGGACAUCGGCCAACUCAAGAAUUUAAUGGAGCUGGACGUCAGCUGCAACGAGAUCACAUCCCUGCCGCGGCAGAUCGGGAGACUCAGAUCCCUGCGAGAGCUCAACGUCAGGAGGAACUACCUCAGCCUGCUGCCGGAGGAUCUUGUGGAGCUCCCCUUGGUGAAGUUUGACUUCUCCUGCAACAAAGUGUCCGUGAUCCCCAUCUGCUACAGGAAGAUGGUGCAGCUGCAGUCUCUCCAGCUGGAGAACAAUCCCUUGCAGAACCCACCUGCCCAGAUCUGCAUCAAAGGGAAGGUGCAUAUAUUCAAAUACCUGACCAUCCAGGCCUGCAGGAUGGAGAAGACCUCAGAUUCGCUGUACCUGCCCGCAAUGGAGAGGCUCAGUCUGUCUCAGCCGGCCGCUGGCAGCAUUGAAGAUAUUGAUCAGAAUAAGAAACAGGACACUGAUUCCGGAGUUGGAAGUGAUAAUGGAGAUAAGCGCCUGUCCGCCACAGAGCCAUCAGACGAGGACAGUCUGAGCCUGAACGUCCCGAUGUCUCACAUAACGGAGGAGGAGGGCCUGAGUAAAGAGGACUCUAGUGAGCAGAUCAGCGCACUGAAAGUGGAUUCUGACCAGGACUGUGUGAAACUGAUUGAAAACAGUAACACUGAAGUGCGACAGGACAAGCCAGCGUACAGAGAUUCUGGCUUGAGCACACAGUUCGAAAGCUACAUAAAGGGUAGAGCUGCAGAGUUUGAUGAGCCACUCAGAAUAGAAGAAGACACAAGCUGGACAAUGGAACAAAUGGCAAAGCCAACAGGUAAUCAAGAGAUUCAAAUUGAAAUGAUCAACCAACUAAGGGAGGCAGUGGAAUUAUUACAAGACCCUAACAGAGUGAACACGAGCCCCACGGACAGCGCCGAAGUCCUCCUCUACCCUGUGGACACGGUCUCAUCGGAGGACUCAGUGCUCAACGGCCAGACCAGCACAGACGGGCCGACCACACCGAAGAGUGAAAGUUCUGAUGGAGGGCUUGAAUUCCAGAAGAAGAGGGAGUUGAUUCUAGAGAAAGCCAGGCUUGAAGCCCAGCUUGCAUGCCAGCAGUUUGAGAGACAAAUGUCACAGCAGAGUGACUUGAGUGCACAGGGAGCACAGAGUGAACUGAGGAGGGAUUGUGGGGAUGGGGGGGAAUCAGGAAGCUGUGCAUCCUCUCCCUCGCUUAACUCUCCCCCUUUUGGGCUGAGGCCUCGAUCAGAGCCCUCCUCUCCCCCCCCCUCCUCUUUCAGCCCCGCCACACAGGCCCUGACAGGGGAUACAGGCACCCUCACUGCCCCAGCUGAAGGAGGCGUGCGAAACAGGGUUUUCUUGAGGACCCCCAAGAGCCUAGAAUCCGUGGACCCCCAGUUCACGAUCCGGCGGAAAAUGGAACAAAUGAGGGAGGAGCUGGAGCUGACGGGGCAGCUCAGGGAGGCCAUCGAGAGCCGACUGAAAGUGGUCUUACCGGAGGACCUGGGAGCCUCCCUGAUGGACGGCGUGGUCUUGUGCCACUUAGUCAACCACAUCCGCCCUCGAUCGGUCGCCAGCAUUCAUGUCCCAUCACCAGCGGUGCCUAAGCUUAGCAUGGCCAAGUGCCGGAGGAACGUGGAGAACUUCCUGGACGCCUGCAGGAAGAUGGGGGUGCCAGAGGAGAAGUUAUGUCUGCCCCAUCACAUACUUGAAGAGAAAGGCUUGGUUAAAGUCAGCAUGACUGUCCAAGCGCUGGUGGACGAGGCCACAACCAAACAAGCCUUGUUUACAUGAGCGCCAAGUAAGACGGAGAGGGAAUCAGGCUCACAGCAGUGCCUGAACGAGCAGCGACAAAAGUGUUUCUAGCACACGGUCAUAGCCAAAGUGAAUCAACACAUAUUGCCGCUAUACUUCCUGAAAGAGAACUGUUUUUUUUUUUUUAUAAGGGAGCAUUUUUCAAUUUUUAUACUGACCACAAAGCUUUCAGCGCUUGUUUUUUUUAUGAUUAUUGCUGUUCAUGGAGCAGGAUUUGCUGGCCGGUUGAUGCAGAUCUUUGUUUCGAGAGCUGCCCACCCACGCUCCUCUGCCCGGCUGGAGCAACUGUGCUCCUGGCGGAGGUGGUAUUCUAGAGCAGCAUGGCACCUUCCAAGGGCUUGGGUUCAUGGUCUGGACUACUUUUUAAAAGUUUAGGAAAAUUUGAGCAUUCUGUAUGUAAUAUAAAAACAAAAGCUGUUUUUUUUUUCAGUUAAUGAACUUUGGGGCCAGUUGGAUCGAAAACCCAGACAGGACCGGGGUCUGAGAACCAAUAUUUAAUAUACUUCUAUAAGCAGAGCAUCCUGAGCUUAUCAGCGGUCUGUUACACGGACUAGCAUUACAACCUAGUAUUUAUAUUAUUUAUUUAAAGUGUUUAGUUGUUCAGGAGGAUGAUGGAUGUAUACUUCACUAAAAUGUAUCCCAAAAAUGCUUUUUAACACAGUUAAUAUAUUUUGAUAUACAGCGAGUGUAGUCUGAAAGUGUAUGUUUUCUAUCAUUGUUUUUAAAAGUCAAGUGGCUCUCCAUUGCGUCUCAGGGGUUAGUGACUUCCUGCAUUGUGGCAUUUCAUUCCAUGGCUGGUGCUUGUAUGUGCAUGUAUUUGUACUGUGGGACAUUCCGGAGUUUCGCUGACCACUCCAGCUCCUCUCACAUGAGACACGCGUGCUAAAAGCGGGCCAAAAUGUUGCUGAAAACCAGUCAAGGUCUCGAGAGAGAGAAGGUGUGGAGGCGUUGGAACGAGGAGCAGAGUGGUACAUACACUAGCACAGCACAAAGCACCAUUUCGUGACUCUUCACUGACGUUAGUUAGCGUUCUUCUGAAAAUGAAACAACACUGUGAAUGAGCUGUGUCAACGCAGUUUUGUUUUGCCCAAUUGUUUUCAUUGUCCCCACCACCGAUAACUAAACACUAGGCCCUGAUAAAGACCAAGUAGAGGUUUAUUCCAUGCUGAAAAGAGAAGAAACACAACGUUUCGGCUGUGGACCCUUCUUCGGGUGUUUCUUUUGCAGCCUAGGCGUGCUGACGCAGCUCCCUACUUUCACCGUGCCCUGGUGACCUCUAACAGACUCGGUCAGCGCAGCUGUGCAAGUGCUCGUUUCUGGUUUGGAGAAACGCCGGUUAAAGGAAAGCAGGGCUGUGUCUAACAGAUUGACACUCUAACUGACAACACUAGCUCAGUUGUAUUCUUUUGGGUCCCAUAUCUGUAAGAAACUGACUUCGCAUCUUAUGUAUGAAUGGAAUAGAAAUGUUGAAUCGGCAACUUCUGUAAAGACAUGGAAGGCAGAGGUGCCAAUAGCAUUAGAGGAUAGUGUCAGUCUUUAUUUUGGUUAUGUUUCCAAAGCAGAAGUAUGCGCGACAUGACCGAAGAGGUCAUGAUCUGUAAGCGCCGAGUCUGUCCUUUUCAUUUUCCAGUUUCAAUUGAGAUUUUUAAGCGUUUGGAUUUUCUCCUUCCUGUCUGAAAUCGUGUCCCAUCACCAGGAUUUGAAAUGUUAUUUUCUGACUAAGUUUAUAAAUCACUAUAGCAGAUUGACGUGGUUGAAAACUAUGCAUCGUUUGCACAAAUUUAAACACUUCAAUGGAGCUUAGAUUCUAGGCUAUUCUUCUGAUGCAUUCAUGAGGAAGACAUUGCACUUUCGUGGUGAAGGGGUUAUUGCACAGUGUGGAUUUGUAUUUACAAGUGUUGCAGGAUACUCAAAACAUGAUGAAUGUGUGAUGGAAAGGGGGCUUGGGGCUAUUUUGUGAAAUUUCAUAUUAAUGGAGCUUGGCAUCCUAAUUUAAAACUACUUCAAGAUUCAGCAGCAAAAUACAAUUUCAAUAGAAGUGUAUGAUAGAUGCCAAAGGCCUGGACUAUCCUUGGAAAUGAAAGUUAAGAGCAACGACGUUCAUACAGUAUUGAAGAAGGUAAAGGAGACUGGUUAAAACAGAAAUAUGUGUUUUUCUAAUUUAGCAUGUAUAUACAGUAUUUCGGAUGUUCAGAUUAUUUUUAGACUGGAUUUGGAUAUGUGUAAAUGGAGCUGCAAAGUGAUGUAGGUUUGCGCAAGUAGGGUUUCAGAAAAUUUAGAAAGUUUUUUUUUUAUUUUAGAUGUCAUGUAUUUCUUGGAAACUAGAAAAGCCUCCCCUUUAAUUUAUCCAGGUAGUUCAUGCUGAUAAACUUAACCAUGUUUCGAAUACUCCCAUGACUGAAAAUAUUCAUUCACAAAAAUAGGUGUGGGUUUCCAGACAACACAGGAAGUUCAGGCUUUCCUCUUCUUUUACUUAAGAGCUCUUCCUAAACCAAAAGGGCUCUGCAUGUUUGAAUUCCAUACUUAAAAGGUAGCCUGUUUUUACAAUGAAGCACAGGAAUUUAUGGGUAAAAACAAGAAAAAAUCAUUCAAAAUGACAAUGGAAGCCCACAUAUUUUCCUAAAUUGUGUUCUUGUUUUUCCAAGCACGGCACGCCACAUUCAGUCAAGGAAGACUGGAUCCUAAUCUCAAACACUUCCUCUUGCCUAGAUAUAGAAAUGUCGUGCCCAGAACUUCCUUUCACUAAUCUCUCUCACAUUCCCCCCACCUCCCCGUCUCCACCCCUUCAGGAGCUCCCUGGCUCAUUCCUCACAAGAGGGAAAUAACUACCGUGUAACUACUGAAAUUAUCUGCACAUGCCAGUGACUCGUCUUGUUUAAGUAAUUUGGUUGGAUCCUAAAGAAUGUGAGAGAAAGACAUAUGUAUAAAGUAUUUGGCAAGGCUCAUCUAGCUAAGGGAACAGCAGCCUGUCUGAGGCUGGAUAAUCUGCCCAAACUCCCUCUCAUUCUGGCAAGGAACGAGCCAGGGAGCUGCUGCAAGGGUGCAGGUGGGGUGAAGGGGGGUGUGCAAAAGAGAUACAUGAAUGAAAGCCCUGAGUGCAAGAAGUAUAUACUGCACAUAAGCACGAGAAAGUGUGAGAGAUUUGGAUCUGAUCUUCAUCCCAAAUUUCUUUUCUAAACUCCAUUGAUUGUCUUUUAGGAGACAAGACUAUCAGACCAAACACAUUUGAGUGCAUGCCCAGAAUAUUGUGGCAGCAUUUAAAAAUAAAUCUUUAGUCCAUUAACGGAAUGUACCUGUAGCUACAUUGCUUGAAACCUUAAUGGCAGCUAGCUUGUUUGACAUAAUCUGCACUUUAAUGUUUAUUUAUUAUUUUUUUACAACAUGUAGAGGUGGUGAUAAUCAUAUUUUGGUUGUUUAAAAAUACACAAUACUUGUAAUUGAAUGAAUUAAUGAAAAAUGAGGCUCUUUCUCCUUUACUCCAAAACGCUAACUGCUGAAUCUUGAGUAGUGUGUUUUUAUAGAGGAACUUGUAACUUUUUUUACAGAUCUGGAUUUUCUUGGUCAGAUAAGUUUUAUUUUGUAUUAAUGAGUUUUUAUGUAUGUUUAAAGUCAGAUGUAUCAUGAAUAAAGUAUGUUAAAUAUUUUGUUAUACUGCUUUUUACACUAUGUCCAUGAAUAUGGCUAUUAGGGAUUUCAAUAGUCUUUGUACAGCACUACUUCUUUAAGUGUAUUAAACAUAUAAACCAUUUUUACCAUCGCCUUAACUGCUGUAAAUAUUGUACAUAGCACAAAUGUUACUUUAACAGUAAAUGUCUUAUUUGUAAAAAGCA